UGACUAAAGUUUGUAUUUUUACACAGACUCCCCUCCUGUGCUAACUUAAUUAAGUUAGCAAAUCUGAUAAUGUUAGCUUACCGGUUGUUGACCAGCUAGUGAGCAGUAAGCAGUCACUAGCGUCCUCUAUUAAAGAGCUCAGGCUGGUUAAUUUAAUGCCUAGUGUGUAUCAUCAUGUCCUGUAAUCGGCUUUGAGUUAUUUUUGUCAGUGCACUGAGGCAAUCAGCUUUACUACUAGCUUGCGAAAUUAACGUUAUUUUGUGUUACUGGAGGCAGCAGGUAACAGGAGCACACACUCAUGACUUUUUUUUGUAGGCUUACGUCGCAGCAACUUUGCAUCACUUGUUCCAUGCUGCCUAACCUUAGCACAUGUGCCAUGAAUGUAAAAAAAAAUGCGCAGCUAUAUGUGGCUUCAAGGAAAUAUACAAGACAACUGUCCCCUAUUUUUGUAUAUUUUUUUUAUAAAUAACAACCCACCUACCCUCCUAUUAUCCUAUUAUAAAAAAUGACCAUGAGAAUUGGAAAUCCAGUGGACAUCUUUGAGGAAAGAUACAAAAAAAUGGUUGAGGUAAACAACACAAAACCAUACUAUGGAUCCCCCAGUUUGAUGUUGCAAUCAAUGGUUGCCCUUUCCUGUAGUGUGUAGGGUUUUUGUGCAUGUAAAUGGUCUGCAAAGGCUAAAAUCCCAAAGUUCCCUCCAGAGGGAGUUUCUCUCCCAUACACCACCAACACAACUCUGUGUUAUAAUGGAGCCAUCGGGAAGUAGGAUAUCUUCAUUGAACAGCCACACCCUGAACUCAACAGGCCGCGGCUGUCAAUUGGAGAUCAGCGACAAGGCCAAACUGUGCCGCUUCCUGUGCUAUGGCUCGGAGGGGGACGUAUACACUGCCAGAGAAGAGGGGCACGUCAGCAUGGAAGACGCCGGAGCACUGCUUUCCAUGCUGCAGGAUGGCCGAGGCGCUGAGGUGGUGGAGGAGAUAAAAAGGUUCUCUCAGGACGGGCGAGCCGUCAGACUCAACCCCUCCGUUUUCGCCCUGGCUUUGUGCUCCCAGCACUCAGAGCUGAAGACCAGGCAGGCGGCCUUCAAAGCAGUGAAGGAGGUCUGUCGGGACCCUGCACACCUGUUUUCUUUCAUCCAGCAAAAGAAAGAAUUGCGAGAGGGUAUGAAGUGUGGUAUUUGGGGACGCGCCCUGAGGAAAGCAGUGUCUGACUGGUACAAUGAGCGAGAUGCCAUGAGUCUGGCAGCAGCUGUGACCAAAUGUAAACAGAGAGAGGGAUGGACACACCAGGAUCUGCUCAGGCUCUCGCACACUAAACCAGCUAAUGAAGCAAUUGCCUUGAUCAGCAAAUAUGUAACAAAAGGAUGGACAGAAGUGCAGCUCGCUUACUCCGACAAAGAGAAUUCAGAAGAGGUUGUCAAAGUGUUUUCCUACCUUGAAAUGGUGGAGAAGAUCAAACACAGUUGUGAUGAAACAGAGGUCAUCAAUUUAAUAGAGGAACACAAAAUGGAGAGGGAACAGCUGCUGACAGACCACCUGAAAUCAAAACAGGUAUGGACGGCGUUGUUGAAGGAAAUGCCUCUCCAAUCAGUGCUAAAGAUCUUGGGUAAGAUGACUUCAAACAAAGUUUUCGAGCCAGGAAGUUCCGACACACAAGCUCUAUGUGACAGAAUCCAGAGCGAGACCACACUGACAAAGGCAAAGAUCCACCCAUUCCACAUACUCUUGUCUUCUGAAAACUACAAAAGAGGCCAAGGCUAUCAGGGUAAAACCAAAUGGGAACCAGACAGCAGCAUCCUUAAAGCUAUGGACUCUGCCUUUUACAAGAGUUUUAUGAAUGUAGAGCCUGUGGGUAAACGCUUCGUUGUGGCAGUAGACGUGAGCACGUCACUGAGCAGCAUCGUUCCGGGGACGUCCAUCAGCACUGCUGUCGCCGCAGCAGCUAUUUCGAUGGUUUUUGCGAGGACAGAGGCAGAGACACACGUGCUGGCCUACUCUGAAGGAGCUCUGGUUCCAUGCUCCAUCUCUGCUGAUAUGACUCUUGCACAAGCAACAUUUGAACUGGUUAAGAUCCCGGGGGGGAGCACAGACUGCACCCUGCCCAUCAGAUGGGCCACAGAGAACGGGAAAGCCGCAGAUGUGUUCAUCAUUCUGACCAACAACCCUUUGUGGGCGUUCACUGCCAGCCCAGUGCAGUCUCUAAAGAAGCACAGACAGCAAUCAGGAGCCAAUUCCAAGCUGGUGAUGUGUGGGCUGACCUCCAUUGGACACGCCAUCGCAGACACAGAGGACAGAGGUUUAGUGAGCAUCUGUGGCUUCGACCUCGGAGCUUUCAGCGUGAUUCGUAACCUAGCCCAGGACCUGAUCUGAUAAAAACAAUGCAACAGUCUCUAGAGCACUAAAAGAAGGCACUAGUGUGCUCACUUAGCAUGUAGAUUGCCCUAAAACAGCACUAAUCCAAAAGAUAUUGACCUGAACAAUUUCAAUUUAUCUAUUUGUAUUAUGCCGCUUACGAGACAAUUGACAAUUUGUCCAGCUGGCUGGACAACACUCUGCAAAUGUUGUGUGCUUAUAUGCUUAUGAUAGGAUAUGCUGUUGCAUAGUGUUCUCUAACGAUCUAAGUGCAAACUGCGCUCUAUAUGUUAAAGACAACAUUUGACACCUUUUUAUGUGGAUGUCCAAUCAGUGUUGAUUGUAAAUGUAGUCCAUUAAAACAGAGAACUCCUCAGGGCAUGCUAUAUCAACCAAGCCCCCAGGAACUGUUCCGGACUUAGAGGAAAAUAUUCGUAGAGGCCAAACAGCGGGUACUACAACUUCCGUAUCAGUCCGUGACGUCAACCGGGCCAGAAAGACUUUUUCCCAUUUACUUAAACUGGGAAACAGACGUCUGUAAAUCAGUGUAUAAUUUUUUUUAAACCAAAUAAACUACCCAGUAUGAACCCUUUUAUAGCCCUUAUUAAAAUCAUCAGGUCCUUAGAGUUGUAAAACGCGCUAAAAGCUGAAUCCAGAUUUAUUUUCCCUCUCUAUUCUUUCUAACGAGCCGAAGCUGGAGAUCAGGGGCGGGGCUUAAGGGGGGAACUCUUCUUCUUCUUCUUCUUCUUCUUAUAUAUUUGAUUGGCGGUUGGCAAACAACUUUUUAGCAGCAUUACCGCCAUCUACCGUAUUGGAGUGUGAGUCUGGGCGAAAAUGCUCUAAUCUAGAAAAUAAAUAAAUGAAUAAAAUAAAAUAAAAUAAAAAUAAAUAAAUAAAAGGAGGUAUUAUAUCCUUUUAAUCAGUCCUGUGGCUUCUAGAUAUUGGAAAAGGUACUUAAAGCACAUCUGACUUGAGCUCUUCUGCAGAAUUGUUUUCCUGCUUAACUGCACACUUUCAGAAUCUAGUCCAAGGAUGAGUUGCUGCCUCUCCUGGUCAAACCUAACACAAUGCUCUAACACAUGCUCCACGAUCUCAGUAGCACCACAUACACUACACUUUCCGUCUGCAUGCUUUUUAAAAACAAAUAGCGUACUGUUCAGACCAGAAUGCCCAAACCUCAUCCUUGAUAUAAUGUCCUCCUCUUUGGUGGAUCUUGCUGUUGGUCUAGCAUGACCAACCACCCCUUGGAUGGCAAAGUACAUUCUCCCAGUAGCUGCACCACUCCACUCACUCUGCCAGAUCUCCCUGGACUUUGCCUUAACAAGUGUUUUUAUCUCUGACUUGCUGUGGGCUAUUUCUAAGGUGACCUCAGGGAUCACACAUGCUUUCUUAGCGUACGUAUCCGCCAACUCAUUCCCUCUUAUCCCAAAGUGUGCUGGUACCCAUAGGAAGCUGAUAUCAGUGCCUGUACUUAUAAUUCCAUUCACCACCUGUGCAAUUUCUAAAACAAUGUCCUGUCUGGACUCCGACAUGUUACUCUCAAUACUCAUUAAGGCAGAAGCAGAAUCUGAGGCAAUUAGCACUCCACUCCUUGGUCUAUUCCCCUCUAUCCAGGUCAGAGCAGUGAGGAUGGCAACUAGUUCUGCGGUGUAUACUGCAAGAUCAUUGUUUAUCCUUUCGUUUUUGCACACCUUAAUCUCUGGUAUUACAAAUGCCACACCCACUUUCCCGUCAGUUGAUUUUGAAGCGUCUGUAAAAAACACCAGUUUAUUCUUGUACUGAGCUCUGAUAUGGCACUCAACCAUUUCUUUGCUGAACUCCUCCUGCUUCUUCAACUCUAGAAGCAUUAAAUCUAUUACAGGUUCCUUUAACAGCCAUGGUGGUACAACUGUAUAUGUGAUAGCUGGACACAGAGUAAGUUCCUGUAGGCCCAGAGCCUCUGCCUUUUGA